UAUUAUUAAGCUCCUCCUUUCUAAGGCAUACCGGUAGUUACUUCAUAAUUAGAAGAGAACUGCGCUGUGUGCUGUACAUUAAAAUCAUUAACCUCGGUGUUUAUAAAAACGUCGACGUCGUCACCAAAGCUGAUACUUUAUCCCGGGAAAUAUGUCAGUCACCCCAGAUCUGAUUCGUGAAAAACUGACUGCGGAGAUUGGUGCGAUACACGUGGAUGUAGAAGACACGUCUCCCAAUAGAUGUGCUGCCAGUUUUAAAGUUCUUGUAGUAUCCCCUCAGUUUGAAGGAAAGCCAUUGUUGCAGAGACACAGGAUGGUGAAUAAUUGCCUGGCAGAGGAGCUGAAAGAGAUCCAUGCAUUCGAGCAGAAAACAUUGACACCAGAGCAGUGGGAGAAACAGAAAGCACAAUAACACAUACAGACACACACAAAACUCAUUCAUGCAGCCAUCAAAUAAAACAGCAGUGACCUUUUCUAUUUUUUGAUACUUCCUUUUUUUCCUUAAAGUAUCAUACCAAUGUAAUAGAAAUAAUUUCAUUUGCAUUUAUGAAGUAAUUAUGCUUCAGUGUUUAGUCACUUAUGCAAAACAUCUCUUGCAAAUGAUUGAAAUACAUUAUGUGCUAUAUGAGGGAUCUUUGAAAUGUAGUUUGCUGACAAUAAAGAACAUUUCUGAACAGAA